AUGGAGAGAGCCUCUUCUUCCUCCUCCGAGUCAUCAUCCUCCAUGGCUUCUUCUUCUGAUCAUCAAACCUCACAUAUUGUGACGUCAUCCAUGCUUUCCCGCACGUCAUCAUCUUCUUCCUCCGCCUUCGGAGACUACAUUGGAACGGAGAGCUGCUUCGACAUCCUCGAAGAAAACGGCGUCGUCUCUGCCCCCACCAGGCCUUCGAACCGCUAUCGUUACGGAGGAAGGAGGAGAGAGGAAAGAGAAGCUAGAACUGCGGCGGCGCGUGAGUUUCCUCCGCUGAUACCUUUGCUUGCUCAGACGGAGAAUCUCCUCCCGCACAUGCCAUGGGUUCUGAAGCGUGUGGUGACGAGCGACGGGAGGCUUAUUCUGAGAGAAGAGAAGGUUCGUCAUCACGAGUAUUUUCGUGCGCAUAGAGCCAAUGGCCGUCUCACUCUCCACCUUGUUCCUCUAGACGACGACGUUUUGGACCUUCCCCAAGAGCCCUCUUAUUACCAAUCUGGCGAAGAUGAUCAUAAUGAUCAGCAUGAGUGUGAUGAUGAUGAUGUUGAUGAUAUUGAUGAUCAUCAUCACGAGGUGGGUGAUGACUUGGAUGAUCUGGCGGAUAAUGUUGAUAAGAGUGUUAUUAUUACGGCCUCUGAUGAUGAUGGUGUUAUCCAUAACUAUGAUGAGGAUAAGUGCAAUGUGCAUGGUGGUAGUGAAGAUGGAUUUAGGAAGACUGUACUAGCGGUGGCGGCGGCGGAGGAGACGGCGGUGGAGAGCGGAGUGAUGGUGGGAGGAGGAGGAUCCCCGAGGGGAAAGUGUAUGAAGUCUUGUUUUGUUGGUAUGACAGUUCGAGAGAUCAGACCAGUCCUUAGUUGAUUAAAAUUGUUACUUAAUUAGUCCUUAUUAGCUAAGUAAUAUUACUAUUACAUAGAGUUUAAAGAAACUACCGGCUUAUAAUCAUAUGAAUAUCAGAGUUCUUUUUUACAAAGUACUACUAUUGUUUUCUUGUUUUGUAAUUUCAGAAUGUAAUUCAUCUUCGUCGAGGGUUUGUCUG